GAAUUUUGUAUUUGUAAACAAAACCACGCGAGAGUAGGAAUAGGAAGGAAGCGUAACAAAAUUAAUUUGUUAAAAUGAAAAUUACACGUGCAAAAAGAGCUCACAAAACGCUCAGUUUUUACUCAAAUAAUUUUGGGUUUCGACAGCCGUACCAAGUGUUAAUCGACGGAACAAUGUGCUUCUUUGCUUUGAAGAACAAAAUCAACCUACAGGAGCAGCUGCCAAAAUAUUUUGCAUCUGAAGUGAAACUGCUGACAACUCAAUGUGUUAUCAUUGAGACUGAAAAGCUAGGACCUUCUUUAUAUGGAGCAAUGUUGAUUGCAAAACAGUUUCCUCUUCACAGAUGCGGACACGAAGGAAACCCUCAGUCAGGGUCAACGUGUCUCUUAUCGAUGAUUGGUAAAAUUAAUAAAAACAGAUAUAUAGUUGGCACACAGGACAGAGAUUUGCAAGAAAAACUAAGGCUUGUUCCUGGUGCCCCUAUUUUAUACAUUCACCAAAAGGCCCCAACUUUGGAAGCUCCAUCGGCCGCGAGUUUGAAAAGAUCUGACAAAGUUAGCCAAGCCAAAUUCCUUCCUGAAAAACAAUCUGGAGAGAAUGUGGAUGAAAUCAAACGCAGAAUUUUUGGUGCGUCCAAGGAGGAGGAGAAACCCGUGUUUCGUAAAAAGAAAAUUAAAGGACCCAAUCCUCUGUCUUGCAAGAAAAAGAAGAAGCAAAAUAGCAGUGUCAAAAACUUGCCAGUUAUUGAAGGAAAAGUGAAGAAGAACAGAACGAGGAAAAGAGUGAAAGUAGCCUCUCAUAUCAAAGAACACAUCAAGUCUAAGGUUGGAGAUUCAUGAAAACUUCUCACAUUUGUAUAUAAAUAAUUUUAUUCCGUAA